AUGAGCUCCUCCGAGGAUGACAUUCCCCUCGCGCGCACCAAUGGGCGUGGUAAAGCUACUCCCAAGUCAACUGAUUCCCAAAUGGCCAAUUCCAGCCCUGCCGACACCAACGGUCAUGUUGACCCCGGGGUAUCUAUCCGCUUUGGCCCCGUGGAGGACAAGGACGUGAAGAUGGAGGACGCGGAAGACGGUGCGCUUGGCGCCAGUAAGCGCAAGUCCCGGGCUAGCAUCGGAGAAAAGAAGUCUUACGCAGAGGAGGAGAGCAGUGAAGAAGAGGAGCCUCUGAGUAAACGGCGACGGACUUCCGUUAAGCAUGAAGACCCAGAGACCGACGACGAUGUGCCCCUGGCACGCAAUGGACGCAAACUUCCCAAAGCUUCUGAGACUGCCAUUGGGGAAGAAUCCGAUUCAGAUGUUCCCAUUGAGCGGAAGCUUACUGCGCAGAAGCUGAAGAUCGAGAAAAUAGCCGAAAAAGAUGCGCGCAAACCAGCUGCUAAGCAGACCAAGCCUGCAGCAGCUAAAAAGGCAACUAACGGCGUCAAGAAAGAGUCUGCUGCCAGCAGCGCUGCCGCCAAGAAGGUUAAGGCCGAACCUGCGUCCGCAAAGAAGGCUAAGGCCAAGCCAGUCAAGGCCGAAAGCCAGGAUGCCGAGGACAAAGAAGAUGAGGAAGACGAGUAUCGCUGGUGGGAAGAUCAAAGCAAGGGUGAUGGCACUAUCAAGUGGACAACAUUGGAACACGCCGGUGUUGUCUUCCCACCCGAAUACGAAUUGUUGCCGAAGAACGUCAAGAUGAAGUACGAUGGGAUUCCUGUCAGCCUCGAGCCCGAGGCCGAAGAGGUUGCCAGUUUCUUUGGAACCAUGCUCAACUCAACCCACAACGUGGAAAACCCUGUUUUCCAAAAGAACUUCUUUGGUGACUUCAAGGAUAUCAUCAAGAAGAGUGGUGGCGCGAAAGACCCCAAGGGCAACAAAAUUGAUAUCAAGGAGUUUGCGAAAUGCGACUUCCAGGCUAUCUUCGACUUCUACGAUGCCCAGCGUGCAGAGAAGCGAAACUUGACACCUGCGGAGAAGAAGGCCGCGAAGGCCGAGAAGGAUAAGGUGGAAGAGCCGUUCCAAUACUGUAUUUGGGACGGCCGCAAGCAAAAGGUUGGCAACUUCCGCGUCGAGCCUCCCUCUUUGUUCCGCGGACGAGGUGAACACCCCAAGACCGGCCGUGUAAAGACGCGUGUGCAACCUGAGCAGAUCACCAUCAACAUCGGAAAAGAUGCCAAUGUGCCCCCGCCUCCUGAGGGCCACCGCUGGAAGGAGGUCAAGCAUGACCAAGAGGGUACAUGGCUUGCUAUGUGGCAAGAGAACAUCAACGGAAACUAUAAGUACGUCAUGCUGGCCGCCAACUCCGAUGUCAAGGGCCAGAGUGACUUCAAGAAGUUUGAAAAAGCUCGUGAACUCAAGAAGCACAUCGAGAAGAUCCGAAAGGAUUACCAGAAGAACUUGAAGCACGACAUGAUGGUGGAGCGACAGAAGGCCACCGCAGUCUACCUUAUCGAUCAGUUUGCUCUGCGUGCUGGUAACGAGAAAGGUGAAGAUGAGGCAGAAACCGUCGGUUGUUGCUCACUGAAGUACGAGAACGUCACCCUCAAGCCACCUAAUACUGUCGUCUUCGAUUUCUUGGGUAAGGAUAGUAUCCGGUUCUACGAUGAGGUACAGGUCGAUCUGCAGGUUUUCAAGAACUUGAAGAUCUUCAAGAAGGCGCCCAAGAAGAAUGGUGAUGAGAUCUUCGAUCGACUUACAACUUCUGCGCUUAACAAGCAUCUGGCCAACUACAUGCCGGGUCUUACCGCCAAGGUGUUCCGUACCUACAACGCUUCCUACACCAUGGGAUCUGUGCUCAAGGAGAUGAAUGGAGCUGGUGGUACCGUCGCCGAGAAGGUCAAGGCAUAUAACGAUGCCAACCGCAAGGUUGCCAUUCUGUGUAACCACAAGCGCACGGUCACUGCUGGUCACGCCAAUGCCAUGGAGAAGAUGGGAGAACGUAUCAAGGGACUCCGCUACCAGAAAUGGCGUCUGAAGCAAAUGAUGCUAGACUUGGAUCCAACCUUGAAAAAGAAGCGAGGUGCUGCUUUCUUCGAAAUCGAUGAGGAUCUUGAUCAGGAUUGGAUCAAUGAGCACCAGGCCUUCCUGGUCGAAGAGCAACGAACCAAGAUCAACAAGAAGUUCGAGAAGGACAAUGAGAAGCGGGUUGCCGAUGGCGAAAAGGAGAUGAAGGCUUCUGAACUCGAAGAGCGCCUCAGCGCCGUCACGGACCUUGAGAAGAAGUUCAAGAAGGAAAACAAGACGGGCAAGGUCGAGGCGGAGGCCCGAGGCGCGACAGUCGAGAAGCUCGAUGGGCAGAUCCAAAAGAUCGACCAGCGUGUUGAGACUAUGUCUGUCCAGGCUCAAGACAAGGAAGACAACAAGGAAGUCGCUCUGGGCACCUCCAAGAUUAAUUAUAUCGACCCCCGUCUCACCGUCGUCUUCAGCAAGAAGUUUGACGUUCCCAUCGAGAAGUUCUUCUCCAAGGCCCUGCGCGAGAAGUUCGAAUGGGCCAUCAAGUCCGUCGAGGAGGACUGGGAGUUCUAG